AUGACUCUGAACAUAAAAUACAAUCCUAACUUUAGCACAAAGGAGAAGAAAGUAAAUAGUGUGUCUUUCUCACCGCGCAGUAGUGCGUCUCUACGGCGCAGUAGUGCGUCUCUACGGCGCAGUAGUGCGUCUCUAUGGCGCAGUAGUGCGUCUCUACCGCGCAGUAGUGCGUCUCUACCGCGCAGUAGUGCGUCUCUACCGCGCAGUAGUGCGUCUCUACAGCGCAGUAGUGCGUCUCUACAGCGCAGCAGUGCGUCUCUACCUCGCAGUAGUGCGUCUCUACAGCGCAGCAGUGCUUCUCUACCGCGCAGCAGUGCGUCUCUACAGCGCAGCAGUGCUUCUCUACCGCGCAGUAGUGCGUCUCUACGGCGCAGCAGUGCGUCUCUACAGCGCAGCAGUGCGUCUCUACAGCGCAGCAGUGCUUCUCUACCGCGCAGCAGUGCGUCUCUACAGCGCAGCAGUGCUUCUCUACCGCGCAGUAGUGCGUCUCUACGGCGCAGCAGUGCUUCUCUACCGCGCAGUAGUGCGUCUCUACAGCGCAGCAGUGCUUCUCUACCGCGCAGUAGUGCGUCUCUACAGCGCAGCAGUGCUUCUCUACCGCGCAGUAGUGCGUCUCUACGGCGCAGCAGUGCGUCUCUACCGCGCAGCAGUGCGUCUCUACCGCACAGUAGUGCGUCUCUACAGCGCAGCAGUGCUUCUCUACCGCGCAGUAGUGCGUCUCUACAGCGCAGCAGUGCGUCUCUACCUCGCAGUAGUGCGUCUCUACCCCGCAGUAGUGCGUCUCUACCGCGCAGUAGUGCGUCUCUACCUCGCAGCAGUGCGUCUCUACCUCGCAGUAGUGCGUCUCUACCUCGCAGUAGUGCGUCUCUACCUCGCAGCAGUGCGUCUCUACCUCGCAGUAGUGCGUCUCUACCUCGCAGUAGUGCGUCUCUACCUCGCAGUAGUGCGUCUCGCAGUAGUGCGUCUCUACCGCGCAGUAGUGCGUCUCGCAGUAGUGCGUCUCGCAGUAGUGCGUCUCUACAGCGCAGCAGUGCGUCUCUACCUCGCAGUAGUGCGUCUCGCAGUAGUGCGUCUCGCAGUAGUGCGUCUCUACCGCGCAGCAGUGCGUCUCUACCUCGCAGUAGUGCGUCUCUACCUCGCAGUAGUGCGUCUCGCAGUAGUGCGUCUCUACCGCGCAGUAGUGCGUCUCGCAGUAGUGCGUCUCUACCGCGCAGUAGUGCGUCUCGCAGUAGUGCGUCUCGCAGUAGUGCGUCUCUACAGCGCAGCAGUGCGUCUCUACCUCGCAGUAGUGCGUCUCGCAGUAGUGCGUCUCGCAGUAGUGCGUCUCUACCGCGCAGCAGUGCGUCUCUACCUCGCAGUAGUGCGUCUCUACCUCGCAGUAGUGCGUCUCGCAGUAGUGCGUCUCUACCGCGCAGUAGUGCGUCUCGCAGUAGUGCGUCUCGCAGUAGUGCGUCUCUACAGCGCAGCAGUGCGUCUCUACCUCGCAGUAGUGCGUCUCUACCUCGCAGUAGUGCGUCUCUACCGCGCAGCAGUGCGUCUCUACCGCGCAGUAGUGCGUCUCUACCUCGCAGUAGUGCGUCUCUACCUCGCAGUAGUGCGUCUCUACAGCGCAGCAGUGCGUCUCUACCGCGCAGCAGUGCGUCUCUACCGCGCAGCAGUGCGUCUCUACCGCGCAGCAGUGCGUCUCUACCUCGCAGUUGUGCGUCUCGCAGUAGUGCGUCUCUACCUCGCAGUAGUGCGUCUCGCAGUAGUGCGUCUCUACCUCGCAGUAGUGCGUCUCUACCGCACAGUAGUGCGUCUCGCAGUAGUGCGUCUCUACCUCGCAGUAGUGCGUCUCUACCUCGCAGUAGUGCGUCUCUACCUCGCAGUAGUGCGUCUCUACCUCGCAGUAGUGCGUCUCUACCUCGCAGUAGUGCGUCUCUACCGCGCAGUAGUGCGUCUCUACGGCGCAGUAGUGCGUCUCUACGGCGCAGCAGUGCGUCUCUACGGCGCAGCAGUGCGUCUCUACGGCGCAGCAGUGCGUCUCUACCGCGCAGUAGUGCGUCUCUACCUCGCAGUAGUGCGUCUCUACCGCGCAGCAGUGCGUCUCUACCUCGCAGUAGUGCGUCUCUACAGCGCAGUAGUGCGUCUCUACGGCGCAGCAGUGCGUCUCUACGGCGCAGCAGUGCAUCUCUACGCCGCAGCAGUGCGUCUCUACCGCGCAGUAGUGCGUCUCUACAGCGCAGCAGUGCGUCUCUACCUCGCAGUAGUGCGUCUCUACCUCGCAGUAGUGCGUCUCUACCUCGCAGUAGUGCGUCUCUACCUCGCAGUAGUGCGUCUCUACCGCGCAGCAGUGCGUCUCGCAGUAGUGCGUCUCUAACGCGCAGUAGUGCGUCUCGCAGUAGUGCGUCUCUACCUCGCAGUAGUGCGUCUCUACCUCGCAGUAGUGCGUCUCUACCUCGCAGUAGUGCGUCUCUACCUCGCAGUAGUGCGUCUCUACCUCGCAGUAGUGCGUCUCUACCGCGCAGUAGUGCGUCUCUACGGCGCAGUAGUGCGUCUCUACGGCGCAGCAGUGCGUCUCUACGGCGCAGCAGUGCGUCUCUACGGCGCAGCAGUGCGUCUCUACCGCGCAGUAGUGCGUCUCUACCUCGCAGUAGUGCGUCUCUACCGCGCAGCAGUGCGUCUCUACCUCGCAGUAGUGCGUCUCUACAGCGCAGUAGUGCGUCUCUACGGCGCAGCAGUGCGUCUCUACGGCGCAGCAGUGCAUCUCUACGCCGCAGCAGUGCGUCUCUACCGCGCAGUAGUGCGUCUCUACAGCGCAGCAGUGCGUCUCUACCUCGCAGUAGUGCGUCUCUACCUCGCAGUAGUGCGUCUCUACCUCGCAGUAGUGCGUCUCUACCUCGCAGUAGUGCGUCUCUACCGCGCAGCAGUGCGUCUCGCAGUAGUGCGUCUCUAACGCGCAGUAGUGCGUCUCUACCUCGCAGUAGUGCGUCUCUAACGCGCAGUAGUGCGUCUCUACCUCGCAGUAGUGCGUCUCUACAGCGCAGCAGUGCGUCUCUACCUGGCAGUAGUGCGUCUCGCAGUAGUGCGUCUCUACCUCGCAGUAGUGCGUCUCUACCUCGCAGUAGUGCGUCUCGCAGUAGUGCGUCUCGCAGUAGUGCGUCUCUACCGCGCAGUAGUGCGUCUCUACCUCGCAGUAGUGCGUCUCGCAGUAGUGCGUCUCUACCAUGCAGUAGUGCGUCUCUACAGCGCAGUAGUGCGUCUCUACAGCGCAGUAGUGCGUCUCUACCACGCAGUAGUGCGUCUCUACAGCGCAGUAGUGCGUCUCUACCUGGCAGUAGUGCGUCUCUACCACGCAGUAGUGCGUCUCUACAGCGCAGUAGUGCGUCUCUACAGCGCAGUAGUGCGUCUCUACAGCGCAGUAGUGCGUCUCUAGAGCGCAGUAGUCUCGCUCUACCCUCGCUCUACCUCCGCUCUACCUCCGCUCUACCUCCGCUCUACCCCGCUCAACCCUCGCUCUACCUCAGCUCUACCUCCGCUCUACCCUCGCUCUACCUCCGCUCUACCCUAGCUCUACCCUCGCUCUACCUCCGCUCUACCCUCGCUCUACCCCCGCUCUACCUCCGCUCUACCUCCGCUCUACCUCCGCUCUACCUCCGCUCUACCUCCGCUCUACCUCCGCUCUACCUCCGCUCUACCCUCGCUCUACCCUCGCUCUACCCUCGCUCUACCUCCGCUCUACCCCCGCUCUACCUCCGCUCUACCCUCGCUCUACCCUCGCUCUACCCUCGCUCUACCUCCGCGCUACCCCCGCUCUACCUCCGCUCUACCCUCGCUCUACCCCCACCUCGCUCUACCCUCGCUCUACCCUCGCUCUACCGCUUCCGCUCUACCUCCGCUCUACUCCGCUCUACCUCCGCUCUACCUCCGCUCUACUCCGCUCUACCCUCCGCUCUACCUCCGCUCUACCUCCGCUCUACCUCCGCUCUACUCCGCUCUACCUCCGCUCUACCCCGCUCUACCCCGCUCUACCUCCGCUCUACCCCGCUCUACCCCGCUCUACCCUCGCUCUACCUCCGCUCUACCUCCGCUCUACCCCGCUCUACCUCCGCUCUACCCCGCUCUACCCCCGCUCUACCUCCGCUCUACCCCGCUCUACCCCGCUCUACCUCGCUCUACCCCGCUCUACCCGCUCUACCCCGCUCUACCCCGCUCUACCUCCGCUCUACCUCCGCUCUACCCCGCUCUACCCCGCUCUACCCCCGCUCUACCCUCUCGCUCUCUACCCUCCGCUCUACCUCCGCUCUACCCUCCGCUCUACCUCCGCUCUACCCCGCUCUACCUCGCUCUACCCUCCGCUCUACCCCGCUCUACCCCGCUCUACCUCCGCUCUACCUCCGCUCUACCCUCGCUCUACCUCCGCUCUACCCCCGCUCUACCCCGCUCUACCUCCGCUCUACCUCCGCUCUACCUCCGCUCUACCCCCGCUCUACCCUCGCUCUACCUCCGCUCUACCUCCGCUCUACCCUCCGCUCUACCCCCGCUCUACCCCGCUCUACCCUCCGCUCUACCUCCGCUCUACCCCGCUCUACCUCCGCUCUACCGCUCUACCCCGCUCUACCCCGCUCUACCUCCGCUCUACCUCCGCUCUACCUCCGCUCUACCCUCGCUCUACCUCCGCUCUACCUCGCUCUACCCCGCUCUACCUCCGCUCUACCCCCGCUCUACCCCGCUCUACCCGCUCUCUCACCCGCUCUACCCCGCUCUACCCGCUCUACCCCGCUCUACCCCGCUCUACCUCCGCUCUACCUCCGCUCUACCCCCGCUCUACCCUCGCUCUACCCCGCUCUACCCCCGCUCUACCCCGCUCUACCCCGCUCUACCUCCGCUCUACCUCCGCUCUACCCCGCUCUACCUCCGCUCUACCCCCGCUCUACCCUCCGCUCUACCUCCCUCGCUCUACCUCCGCUCUACCCCCGCUCUACCCCGCUCUACCUCCGCUCUACCCCGCUCUACCCCGCUCUACCCCGCUCUACCCCGCUCUACCCUCGCUCUACCCCCGCUCUACCCUCGCUCUCUACCCCGCUCUACCCCGCUCUACCUCCGCUCUACCCGCUCUACCCGCGCUCUACCCUCGCUCUACCCCCGCUCUACCCCCGCUCUACCCCGCUCUACCCCCGCUCUACCCUCGCUCUACCCCCGCUCUACCCCCGCUCUACCCCGCUCUACCCCCGCUCUACCCCCGCUCUACCCCCGCUCUACCCCGCUCUACCCCGCGCUCUACCCCCGCUCUACCCCGCUCUACCCUCGCUCUACCCCGCUCUACCCCCGCUCUACCCCGCUCUACCCCCGCUCUACCCCCGCUCUACCCUCGCUCUACCCCCGCUCUACCCCGCUCUACCCCCGCUCUACCCCGCUCUACCCCCGCUCUACCCCGCUCUACCCCCGCUCUACCUCCGCUCUACCCCGCUCUACCCCCGCUCUACCCCCGCUCUACCCCCGCUCUACCCCCGCUCUACCCUCGCUCUACCCCGCUCUACCCCCGCUCUACCCCCGCUCUACCCCGCUCUACCUCCGCUCUACCCCGCUCUACCCUCGCUCUACCCCCGCUCUACCCCCGCUCUACCUCCGCUCUACCCUCGCUCUACCUCCGCUCUACCCUCGCUCUACCCUCGCUCUACCUCCGCUCUACCCGCUCUACCCUCGCUCUACCUCCGCUCCCUCGCUCUACCCUCGCUCUACCCCCGCUCUACCCUCCGCUCUACCCCGCUCUACCCUCGCUCUACCCCCGCUCUACCCCCGCUCUACCCCCGCUCUACCCCGCUCUACCCCCGCUCUACCCCCGCUCUACCCCCGCUCUACCUCCGCUCUACCUCCGCUCUACCCGCGCUCUACCCCGCUCUACCCCCGCUCUACCCCCGCUCUACCCCGCUCUACCCUCGCUCUACCCCCGCUCUACCCCGCUCUACCUCCGCUCUACCCCGCUCUACCCUCGCUCUACCUCCGCUCUACCCCCGCUCUACCCCCGCUCUACCUCCGCUCUACCCUCGCUCUACCUCCGCUCUACCCCCGCUCUACCCUCGCUCUACCCUCCGCUCUACCCUCGCUCUACCCUCGCUCUACCCCCGCUCUACCCCCGCUCUACCCCCGCUCUACCCCCGCUCUACCCUCGCUCUACCUCCGCUCUACCCCCGCUCUACCUCCGCUCUACCCUCGCUCUACCCUCCGCUCUACCUCCGCUCUACCCUCGCUCUACCCUCCGCUCUACCCCCGCUCUACCCUCGCUCUACCCUCCGCUCUACCGCUCUACCCUCGCUCUACCUCCGCUCUACCCCCGCUCUACCCUCGCUCUACCCUCGCUCUACCUCCGCUCUACCCUCGCUCUACCCUCGCUCUACCCCCGCUCUACCCCCGCUCUACCCUCGCUCUACCCGCCCCCGCUCUACCUCCGCUCUACCCCGCUCUACCCCCGCUCUACCUCCGCUCUACCCUCGCUCUACCCUCCGCUCUACCCCCGCUCUACCCUCCGCUCUACCUCCGCUCUACCCUCGCUCUACCUCCGCUCUACCCUCCGCUCUACUCCUCGCUCUACCUCCGCUCUACCCCGCUCUACCCCGCUCUACCUCCGCUCUACCCCGCUCUACCCCGCUCUACCCUCCGCUCUACCUCCGCUCUACCCUCGCUCUACCCCGCUCUACCCUCGCUCUACCCCGCUCUACCCCGCUCUACCUCCGCUCUACCCCGCUCUACCCCCGCUCUACCCUCCGCUCUACCUCCGCUCUACCCUCCGCUCUACCCUCCGCUCUACCUCCGCUCUACCCCCGCUCUACCCCGCUCUACCUCCGCUCUACCCUCGCUCUACCCUCGCUCUACCUCCGCUCUACCUCCGCUCUACCCCCGCUCUACCCUCGCUCUACCCUCCGCUCUACCCCGCUCUACCUCCGCUCUACCCUCGCUCUACCUCCGCUCUACCCCCGCUCUACCCCUCGCUCUACCCUCGCUCUACCUCCGCUCUACCCUCGCUCUACCCGCUCUACCCCGCUCUACCCCCGCUCUACCCCCGCUCUACCCCGCUCUCCCCGCUCUACCCCGCUCUACCCCGCUCUACCCCGCUCUACCCUCGCUCUACCCUCGCUCUACCCUCCGCUCUACCCCCGCUCUACCUCCGCUCUACCUCGCUCUACCUCCGCUCUACCCCGCUCUACCUCCGCUCUACCCCGCUCUACCCCCGCUCUACCUCCGCUCUACCUCCGCUCUACCCUCGCUCUACCCUCGCUCUACCUCCGCUCUACUCCGCUCUACCUCGCUCUACCCCGCUCUACCCCCGCUCUACCCCCGCUCUACCCCCGCUCUACCCCCGCUCUACCCCCGCUCUACCCCCGCUCUACCCUCCGCUCUACCCCCGCUCUACCCCCGCUCUACCCCCGCUCUACCCCGCUCUACCUCGCUCUACCCCCGCUCUACCCUCGCUCUACCUCCGCUCUACCCUCGCUCUACCUCCGCUCUACCCUCGCUCUACCUCCGCUCUACCCUCGCUCUACCUCCGCUCUACCCCCGCUCUACCCUCGCUCUACCCUCCGCUCUACCCCCGCUCUACCCCUCCGCUCUACCCCGCUCUACCCCGCUCUACCCUCGCUCUACCCUCGCUCUACCCCCGCUCUACCCCCGCUCUACCCCGCUCUACCCCCCGCUCUACCCCCGCUCUACCCCGCUCUACCCCCGCUCUACCCCGCUCUACCCCCGCUCUACCCCCGCUCUACCCCCGCUCUACCCCCGCUCUACCUCCGCUCUACCCCCGCUCUACCUCCGCUCUACCCCCGCUCUACCCCCGCUCUACCCUCGCUCUACCCUCGCUCUACCCCCGCUCUACCUCCGCUCUACCUCCGCUCUACCCUCGCUCUACCUCUCGCUCUACCUCCGCUCUACCCCGCUCUACCCCGCUCUACCCCCGCUCUACCCCGCUCUACCCCCGCUCUACCCCGCUCUACCCUCGCUCUACCCCCGCUCUACCCCGCUCUACCCCCGCUCUACCCUCCGCUCUACCCCGCUCUACCCCCGCUCUACCUCCGCUCUACCCUCGCUCUACCUCGCUCUACCUCCGCUCUACCCCCGCUCUACCCCCGCUCGCUCCGCUCUACCCGCUCUAACCCCGCUCUAACCUCCGCUCUACCCCCGCUCUAA